UAGUUUCAAUGCCAUCGCAACCGCUAACUUCCUAGUCUCGACACCUUCGUGCACGGUUCCACUUCCUCGAACCCACUUCCCGACGACGCCGCGGUAUCGGCACCCCUCUCCCAUAUAUACGUCCCUCUAUCCUCUUUCUUGCGGCACUAUUAUAUCUCACCUUUCCAUCUCUCCCUCGUCCCUUCUCGUCUUCAUCUGAUGGCUCGAAUCCUCUCCCAAACCCUAAUUCAAGGUCAUCCAUCCCACCUCCUAUCCGCCUCCCGAUCCCCUCUCCUCCCCCUCUCCGCCGCCCGUUUCGUCAGCCUCCGCGGCCGCUCCCACCGCUCGGAGAGGGACCUCGAGGCCGCCGAGUCCGGCGAGGGCGAGGUCGAGGUGGAGGUCAUCGGCGUGCGCCGCCUCGAAGACGCCAUCCACAGCAUCAUCAUUCGUCGAUCCGCCCCCGACUGGCUCCCCUUCAUCCCUGGCUCCUCUUACUGGGUCCCGCCGCGGAAGCAGGCUCACCGAGUGGCCGAGCUCAUCGAGAAGCUCGCCAAUCCGUUGACGGAUGAGGAGACCCUCUCCGUCAUGACGAACCGAGGGUGGCCGUCGUCAUCCCACUUCCUGGAAGGAAAGCAUCCAUCUUGAGGGUUUCUUGAUUUAAUUUGUUGGUUGUUUAUCAUCUGGGAGUAUCAGUGUUUCAUCUGAUUAUCCGCAGAUAUGUUUCAGGUAGGAUUCUCUCUCCUCAAAUCUUCAUUCUGUCAAGUUAUGUGUUCAUGCUCACAACUCCAAAGUUUUUGAUCUA